GUGAACGCGCCUGCGCAGUUGGGGAAAGUGUCACAGUGGGGAAAAAUCCUUCCUUUCGGGAUCUGUGGGCGCUUAAUGUUAAGGGAGCUGAAGAAAGAGCGACGCCGUUAAAUAACGCCCAACGCCGCCGGAAAAGCGACGGGAGAGGCGCUGGGAAGAAAGAGGCAAGAGGCAUCGCUGGAUCGACGCAGUGAGGCGAGGAGGGACGGCCGGGUGUGCGGGGAAAAAGAGGAGGAAGCUGGAUCUGUAGUCGUCCGAAGCGGGGCUGUCCGGCCGGAGACGCGCUUAACUAAGAGAAGGCGAGUGGCCGAGCAUCGACAUGGCCGACGCAGAUCUGGACUUCCAGACGGGCGAUGCGGGGGCGUCCACCACCUUCCCCAUGCAGUGCUCCGCCCUGCGCAAGAACGGCUACGUCUUGCUGAAGGGGCGGCCGUGCAAGAUCGUAGAGAUGUCCACCUCCAAGACGGGCAAGCACGGUCACGCCAAGGUCCACAUGGUCGGCAUUGACAUCUUCUCAGGCAAGAAGUAUGAGGACAUCUGUCCCUCUACACACAACAUGGAUGUUCCCAACAUCAAGAGGAUGGAGUACCAGCUGAUCGGCAUCCAGGACGGCUACCUGUCUCUGCUUCAGGACAAUGGUGAGGUGCGGGAGGACCUUAAGAUGCCCGAAGGAGACUUGGGCAAGGAGAUCGAGGCCAAGUUUGAGGCCGGCGAGGAGAUCCUGAUCAGCGUCCUUUCCGCCAUGAAUGAGGAGUGCGCCGUGGCCGUCAAGUCCGUACUCAAGUAAAGGGUGCGGUGAAGCAGCCCGGACCAGAUGAGAAGAGAGGGAAUAAGAGUCCUCCUCUUCAUCAUCUCAUCACUCUCUCUCUAUCUCUCUGCCUUCUACCUUUUUAGGUAUUAAAAAAAACAAAAAAAACGUAGGACAUGUAUUCAGAAUAAAAUUGGAAGCUGUAAACAGAAAAUAUAUGCAUAUAUACCGUAAUGUAGAGCAUCUAUUCAUGUAAUUCACCAAAUACGGGCAUGAAGGGGAUCGAUGUUUUCAAAAUGCGCCACCUUGGCGAUGGCAGACGUUUCCGGUAGGAUUACAGAAAGGUUUUUCCUGGCUGGUUUUAAGGGCUUUUAUAUCUCAUGUCAGCCUCUCUCCCGUGUUUAAUAUUGUUCCUCUGUGUUACUUUCCGGAUCAUUCUGUAGCCCCUUCCAUCCCUUGUGUAUCUAAUACUUGUUUAGGGAUUGCGAGUAUCACAGUGAGUAUUAAGGGUAGGAGUAUCUAAGGAGUACCAUCAGUUUUUCCAUCAUUUUAACCAUACAUUGUAAGUCAUAUGCAGCUAGACUGGUCUUUGUUUAGCAAAAAUCUUGUUAAAAAGAAACACUUUUUGUAUGAAUACCAGCAACAAUACAUUGAAUAUUAAGUUUUGAGAAUUUCACAGUAAGGAAAUUAAAACGCCGAUUCACAGCACCCCGUGUCGCGCCGCAGUUUAAUUUUUCCGAGUCCGCAUGGCUGACCGUGCCCACUGCUAACCCCGCCCCCCUCACAAAAAAUGAUUGGCAGGUUCCUGACUCGGCUGCAGCAUUGCAGCUUAUCGAUUGGCCAUUCGCUGCUGUCCCUCGGGCUUCAUUAGAUGAUGCGGACGGUGCCCAUUGAUCUCCGUCUGAGGCGGAGCAAAAAAAUAAAAUUAAAAAUCACGGUGCCUCUCGGAGCUUAGAUGCCUUUACCUCGCCUUUCGGGAUUUUUGUCACGUUCGUAAUGACAAAAAUGAGUCGUGCAGCGUAACGGUAGUAGAGGGUCAAUGGACUGGCGGGUGUAAUUUGCCAAGUCUUGCUGUUAGCGACAGUAUCUGCGAUUUUGUGUGAUCUCCUCGCUGCCUCUGGCACGGAGCGGCCUGUAACGCGGCCUCUCCGUGUACAGUUCACGCCCGAAGGGUGUCCUGUCAGAGUGUAAAAUCUGCCAGUCGUUUCCAGUCGUGGACAAGAUCUCGCGCGCGUCAGCCUCACAGCAGGUCAACUGCGUAUUUAUUGUGUGAUUAUAACGAGGCGUUUGUCUGCUCACCAUGCCCCGGAGCAGCUCAACACGUCACAUCGCGGCCCCACCCGUAUCCUCUGCAUUUCCAAUUGUUAACUUUGCACCAAGUUAACAACUUUGCUCGGCUUUCCACGCUGAUCCGUUUGGUUUACGUUUGACCCGAGGACGACCUGGCGCCAGAACCGCCACCUAAAGGUGCCGGGAGACGACCGGCCACACCUUCCGGAAGCUUCUCCUACCACUUUUGGCGACGAGCAUCACCUGUUCAGAUAUCAGCAUAGCUGACUCUUUCGAUUGCAAAUCCUAGAAAAUGUUUUUUUUUUUUUUUUUAUCAAUAUUAUGGGGAACAAAACUGCUGAAAUCUGGAAAUGUUAACCCUUCACAUGCUGCAUGGUUUUGCUGUGGUCCAGACAGCCAAAGGAGGUCCACUGGCUGGGAUUUAUGCUGCUGCUGUGUUAGAACCACUUCCCCCAUGGAUGCAGAUAUAGAGAUUUGUAUAGAAUAUAACUCCCAAUGCCACAAGUGGGCGUUGAGGUAGCCCUUCUAGUAUCGCAAAGUAACGCUAAGAUUGGGCGAUAAAGGAUCAGAAUGUAACUUGAGCUCAUUGUUGCUACACAAGUGAAACAUCUCCUCCUGUUCCCCGCAAGCAUCUUUUAAUCCACUUGCAUCACGGUCACGUACGUUAAAUAAGUACUAAAACUUCAAAGAUACAUAGUGGCAGGACUGGUAACCCGGGGAAACGAGAUGGGCACUGCCGGAUGGGGAGGGGAGGGACGUCCCUGUUUCCGAAGAUUCGCUGCUGUCAGCCCACCCGCCCUCCUCCAGCAGUCUGCGCGUGCCGCCUCGGCAAGCCCCAGUGGACGCGAGGGGAGUCUGGAGCAGAGGUCACUGUGAUGACGCCCCCCCCCCCCCCCCCCCCCCGGAGGAGCCAAGCACACACUGCAGACCUGCUUUUGUUACGCGAUUCUUUUAUUUUUGUAGGAUGCACAUCUGUUUAAUCUCAGAAAAUAAACUUUACCAGUGGA